GUUUCCGGGCCUCUGGUGUGACGUGUCCCGCGCCUGGCGCAGCAGGAAGCGGCGGCGCUCGCGGCCCGAGUUCCCGACGCCGGCCCCGGCUCCCUGCCCAUCGCCGCCAUGCUCGACUUCUUCACUAUCUUCUCCAAGGGCGGGCUUGUGCUCUGGUGCUUCCAGGGCGUGAGCGACUCAUGCACCGGACCCGUGAACGCGCUGAUUCGCUCGGUCCUGCUGCAGGAACGGGGAGGUAACAAUUCCUUCACCCAUGAGGCACUCACUCUCAAGUAUAAACUGGACAACCAGUUUGAGCUGGUGUUUGUGGUUGGUUUUCAGAAGAUCCUAACGCUGACGUAUGUAGACAAACUGAUUGAUGAUGUGCACCGGCUUUUCCGAGACAAGUACCGCACGGAGAUCCAGCAGCACAGUGCCCUGAGUCUACUAAAUGGCACCUUUGAUUUCCAGAAUGACUUUCUGCGGCUCCUUCGGGAAGCGGAGGAGAGCAGUAAGAUCCGCGUUCCUGCUACCAUGAAGAAAUUUGAAGAUUCUGAAAAGGCCAAAAAACCUGUGAGAUCCAUGAUUGAGACACGGGGGGAGAAGCCCAAAGAGAAAGCAAAGAACAACAAAAAAAAGGGGACCAAAAAAGAAGGUUCUGAUGGCUCUUUGGCCACCAAUAAAGCAGUCCCAGCAGACAAGUCGGGUCUCCCAAUGGGGCCAGAGAAUGGAGUGGAACUUUCCAAAGAGGAACUGAUACGCAGGAAGCGAGAGGAGUUCAUCCAGAAGCACGGGAGGGGUAUGGAGAAGUCGAGCAAGUCCAAGUCAGAUGCUCCGAAGGAGAAGGGCAAAAAGGUGCCCCGGGUGUGGGAACUUGGUGGCUGUGCUAACAAGGAAGUCCUGGAUUACAGUACUCCCACCACCAACGGAACCCCUGAGGCCGCCCCCCUGUCUGAGGACAUCAACUUGAUUCGAGGGACUGGGCCUGGGGGGCAGCUUCAGGAUCUGGACUGCAGCAGCUCAGAUGAUGAAGGGACCGCUCAGAACUCCACCAAACCAAGUGCUACCAAGGGGACUCUGGGUGGCAUGUUUGGGAUGCUGAAGGGCCUUGUGGGUUCCAAGAGCUUGAGUCGCGAAGACAUGGAAUCUGUGCUGGACAAGAUGCGUGACCAUCUUAUUGCUAAGAAUGUGGCUGCAGACAUUGCUGUCCAGCUCUGUGAAUCUGUUGCCAACAAGCUGGAAGGGAAGGUGAUGGGGACAUUCAGCACGGUGACUUCCACAGUAAAGCAAGCGUUGCAGGAGUCCCUGGUGCAGAUCCUGCAGCCACAGCGUCGCGUGGACAUGCUGAGGGACAUCAUGGAUGCCCAGCGUCGCCAGCGCCCUUAUGUUGUGACUUUCUGUGGUGUGAACGGAGUGGGGAAGUCUACCAAUCUUGCCAAGAUUUCUUUCUGGCUAUUAGAAAAUGGCUUCAGUGUGCUUAUAGCUGCCUGUGACACAUUUCGUGCUGGGGCUGUAGAGCAGCUGCGCACACAUACUCGGCGUCUGAGUGCCCUACACCCCCCAGAGAAGCAUGGUGGUCGCACUAUGGUGCAGUUGUUUGAAAAGGGUUACGGCAAGGAUGCUGCUGGCAUUGCCAUGGAAGCCAUUGCCUUUGCACGUAACCAAGGCUUUGAUGUGGUGCUGGUGGACACAGCUGGCCGCAUGCAAGACAAUGCCCCCCUGAUGACUGCCCUGGCCAAACUCAUAACUGUCAAUACACCCGACCUGGUGCUGUUUGUGGGGGAGGCCUUAGUAGGCAAUGAAGCCGUGGACCAGCUGGUGAAGUUCAACAGAGCUUUGGCUGACCAUUCAAUGGCUCAAACACCUCGGCUAAUUGAUGGCAUUGUCCUCACCAAAUUUGACACCAUUGAUGACAAGGUGGGAGCUGCUAUUUCUAUGACGUACAUCACAAGCAAACCCAUCGUCUUUGUGGGCACUGGCCAGACCUACUGUGACCUACGCAGUCUCAACGCCAAGGCUGUGGUGGCUGCCCUCAUGAAGGCUUAAUAUGGCUCUUGUCUAAUACCAAAUCGCCACUUUCCCCAAGCCCCUCAUCCUGUGUCAAGAAUGUGCUUUAGAGUAUGUGAGCAACUUGUCAGUGUAGUACAAGGGCAGAGUAAGGGGACUUCCAGGGGCUUGCAGCUCCUUCUAACCCCAUGCCUUGUCCAACCCAGCCUCCAUCUGCUAGGAGGGCCUAAUCAUGUUACAAUCACUGCCCACCGACUCCCUUGUCCUAUUCAGGCAGCCCCUUUACACUCUACCGACAGACUGUCUCAUUACAGCUUUGACCAAUGGUUGGAAAACCCAACAUCAGAAACAUUAGAACUUUGUUCCUCAGCGUGGUCAUGGAUCGCCUGGGGCUAAUGAGCAGGCUGCAGUGCUAGCACCUUUAGGUUAGAGACUGGGCGCCAGUGCUGGGUCUUGAAAUGGUACCUCUUCCUAGGACACACAGGGUGAUACCCACCUCACUAUGGCAGUGUAUGGCCUGUUUUUAAUUGCUGCUAAUUCUAAUUCUGAUGACUCUUAUCCCACUGUUGUCCCCAAAGCAACAGAAAGGCCAUAGUGAUUUCUUGAAAUUAAAUGGAUAAUGAGUCUCCACCUCCCUCAGAACUGAGAAACAAAGGGAGCCAAGCUGCAGUGUUGCCUUCCGACUGGACCCCACAACUAAGAUCCAGGUGUAACCUUUGCAUGUUCCCACUCCCAGGAAAAAAGCUACCAGAGGCUAUCAGUUGUGCCCUCCCCGGCUCCAUCCUUCACCUCUGACCAAGUCCUGGUUCUUCCCCAUCCCUCUCCACAGUGCCUGGUAGACAAGUGCUACACUGAAGAAUUACAAACCUCUGUUAAGACCUGUCCUGUAGCUUGGUAUUACAGAUGUGCUAUUAGUGCAAUAAGGUAAAGGCUGUCCGCCCAGAGAAAUACAUAAUUUAUAUAAGAAAAUAAAUUUCAUAAAUAAAC